GAGAUCAUGCAUCUCGAAGCACAGCUUGAUGAGAAACUCUACGAUCUUAAUGUGGAAGAAGCAAACCUGAACGGCAAUACUGAGUCGUGGCUGCGCCUUGCUCGCAUGCACCAAGAACUGAAAAAAGAGUUCCCCAACAUCAAUGAACCUAUUGAUCUCUCUUCGCCAGAGGCACAGAUGCUCAUCGAUUGCGCCACUCUGAUGGUCAAGAAUGAUCUGGCUACAUUGCAAAUGCAGGUUGCCAUGAAGGAAAACUACAAACAGAUCAGGAAGAUGAUGGUCGAGGCUCAAGCUAUCCUCGAUCAGCUUGUUGCAAUCAACCCAGCUGACAGAAAGUACGAAGAGAUUGGAAACACACUCAAGAUAAAGAGUGGUCCUGGCAGGGGCUGGGAGGGCUUCAUCAAGAGAAUGGCCAUCGUCAUUCACUACACAGGAACUUGA